AUAAUGAAUAAUUAUCCAUUAAAGAUAGCCAAGACUGAGGAACACAAGUUUAUUGAUCAAGAGAACAAGAAACAAGUCAAAAUGAAUAUAUCUGCAUUGAAAUUUAAGGUACUCAAGCAAUGGGGCCUUGCUAGGGCCUCUCUGCUGACACUUCCGCAUGGAGAUGUCAGAACACCUGUCUACAUGCCUGUUGGUACGAAAGGAGCUAUGAAAGGCCUCCUUCCUAAAAAUAUGAAGGAUGAGAUCGAUUGUGAAAUAAUGCUAGCUAAUACAUAUCACCUGUUUCUUAAACCUGGAGAAGAGAUUUUAGAUAGAGAAGGGGGGUUACAUAAGUUCGCAGAUUGGGAUAAGAAUUACCUAACUGAUAGUGGAGGGUUCCAAAUCGUGUCUCUCAGUGAUCUCAAUGAAGUCACUGAGGAAGGAGUCACAUUUGAAUCUCACAUUGAUAAAAUGAAGUUUCUCCUCACUCCUGAGAGAUCAAUGGAAAUACAAAACUCUAUUGGAGCAGACAUCAUGAUGGCUCUAGAUGAUGUGGUCCCUCCAACUAUCACAGAUGCUGAUCGCCUGGAAGAAGCAAUGUAUAGAUCAAUCAGAUGGUUAGAUAGAUGUAUUCUUGCCCAUAAAAAGCCAGAAGAGCAAAACCUGUUUGCUAUUGUCCAAGGAGGAGUCAAUGAUGAUCUCAGAAAAAUUUGCUGCGAUGAAAUGAUCAAAAGAAACACUCCAGGAUAUGCCAUCGGAGGAUUAGCAGGAGGAGAGGAUAAAGAAGAUUUUUGGAGAACAGUUCAUACAUGUACACAGUUACUUCCUGAAGAUAAACCAAGAUAUGUGAUGGGUAUUGGAUAUCCAAUAGAUAUCCUUAUCUGCUCCUUAUUGGGAGCUGAUAUGUACGAUUGAGUAUAUGCAACCAGAACCGCUCGUUUCGGCACUGUUUUUACAAGAAAUGGGGAAAUCAAACUUCGUGGUAAAGGAAACAAGACAAAGUUCAUUCCAAUUGAUUCGAAAUGUGAGUGCUAUACUUGUCAAAACUAUACGCGUUCUUACUUAUGGCAUGCAUUUACAAGAGAUUCAGGCUGCUUGCAGCUUUUAAGUCUUCAUAAUGUAUAUUUCCUUCUUGACAUUAUCAGAGAGUUCCGCCAGGCUGUCCUCGAUGAGAAUGUAGAAGAAUACAUGACUAAUUUUGUAACUGAGUACUUUAAAUAUGAGAAAGAAGGAGUACCUCAAUGGGUCAAGAACGCAAUGCAAGCAGGUGGGAUCACCAUGCAUGGAGAGGAAUUGGUGGAAGAGAGUUCGAAUUCCAUAUAUCCAAAAACUUUCCCACUUUCCCCAAAACUCAGAGGAAAAUUGAAGCCCGAACAGUCUUAUAAAAAAGAGACCAAAGCUUCCCGCCUAGGAAAAUCUACAGGGAGAUGGACCCAACAAGAACAUGUCCUUUUCAUAGAAGGCUUGAAGAUCUUCGGAAAGAACUGGAAGAAAGUCGAGAGCUACAUUGGAACAAGGACCGGAACCCAGAUCAGGAGUCAUGCUCAAAAAUUUUUCAAUAGGAUCAAAAAGGAACAUCAGACUGAAGAUCCUUCUAAAUACGUCAUCGACAAUAUGGGAGACGAUGAUGUAAAAAGAAUUGUUCUCGAACACCUUGGAGAAGAAUCUUCCUUAGACACGCCAGAAGUUUUGUUCUCCAUUACUAAGGAGAAGACUAAGAAGAGAAAGAGAAAAGAUGCGUCAGACACUCCAAGGAGUGUUGGUACCCCAGGUGGCGCAUUUAAAUCAUUCAAAAGAUCUGAAACCGAUGGAAUUGCCGCUCCCGAAGAUUCAAAAGCUCCAACGAUUUUAAAGAAGCCGGUAUGAGUGAAGCCUUCUAAACCACUAUCUUUCUCGAAUAUAAAUCCGGUGAUGAAUAAUCAAUUCUCAACAACUAAUCAAAACUUGCCAAAUCUCCCAAAUCAGGGGUUGUCUCUAAACUCGAUUCCACAGGACUACUUGCAACGUCUUCUUAUUCAGGCCCUACUCGUCCCAGCUGGUGCUAACUACCAGACUGGUUUUUCCAAUGGGCCUGAGGAAAACAUGCUGAAGUCUUUAAUAUCGUUGAUGACUUCCCAGAGUAGGUAAUUAAACUAUCUACCAAACAAAGCUAUAAUAUAUCAAGGAGGAAGACUGGCUGUCUACCUACAAUUUUUCAUGACUGCCAGGCUGCUUC